GGGGCAGCAGCGCCACCACCGUAGAGGAAGUGUGAAAUCUAUGGUUGUCAUGUGUCAUACUCAAGCAAUCUGGCUGGCGGCGGUCAGCUGACAGAUCCGGGUCGCUUACGAUGUUUGCUUUCUUUAUUUAGUACGUUUUCCUGCGUUUUUUGAAUGAAUGCAGCGCUAUGCUUCGCCGAGGAGAACCAUGGUAGUCGUCAAUUCGGUGCUUAAGCUGUUGCAGAGGCAGACGUACACCUGUCUGUCCCACCGAUAUGGGCUCUAUCUCUGCUUUGGUGGGCUCGUCCUCAUGAUAGUUUCCGCCUUUCAGUUCGGAGAGGUGGUGGUGGAGUGGAGUCGGGACCAGUACCAUGUGCUGUUUGAUUCUUACCGAGAUAAUGUGGGUGGGAGAUCAUUUCAAAGCAGGCUCUGUCUGCCCAUGCCUAUUGAUGUUGUGUACACAUGGGUGAACGGCACAGACGUGGCUCUGCUGAAGGAACUGAAGACGGUCAAAGAACAAAUGGAGGAGGAACGAAGAGCUCUGAGGGAACGGCUGGGGAAAAAUGCAAAUGAGACGACUGAGGUGCCAAAGGACAGUGUUAAGCCAGAAUGCCUGCUGUCCCACUGCAUCAUGGCGCCCAUGCUGGCCCUGGACCCCGCUCUGCCAGCCAACAUUACAAUCAAAGAGCUGCCGGCGCUCUCUUCCUCCUUCUCCGCUGCCAAAGAGCUGCUGCUGAUGAGCAAACCCUUCCACCCAUCCACCGCCGCCUCUGUGGUUGUGUUCCAUUUGCAGGCUGAUGCUGAUAAAGCCUACACAGAUGUGUCUAAAGAAGACCAGAAAUUCUCUGUGUCCAGAUGUUACCUGACGACUGAUAAAGAGGCUCCGGGUCUGAUCCGUAUGCAGUCUCUGGCCUAUCUGAGCGGCUUCCCGGCAUCCUUUAAGGAAACGGAGCAGCUGAGAGUCAAACUUCCGUCUGUCAUAACCAAUAAGAUCAAACAGUUUGAGUUGUACUCUGAGGCCAGCAUCGCCCUGCUCCACCUGAAAACCCCGCAGGAUUUCACCGAUCUGACCCAGCAGGCUAAAAAGAACCUGACCCUGGAUGGAAAAGAGUUAACCAUCAGUCCUGCCUACUUGUUCUGGGACCUCACCGCCAUCUCACAGCCGAAACAGGAUGAAGAUGUGUCGGCCAGCCGAUUCGAGGACAACGAGGAGCUCCGCUAUUCGUUGCGCUCUGUGGAGAGACAUGCCCCCUGGGUGCGACACAUCUUCAUCGUCACCAAUGGGCAGAUUCCCUCCUGGCUCAACCUGGAUAACCCCAGAGUUACAGUUGUCACACAUAAGGAUAUCUUCCAGAAUCACAGCCACCUUCCUACUUUCAGCUCCCCUGCCAUUGAGACGCACAUUCACCGCAUCUCAGGGCUCUCCCAAAAGUUCAUUUAUCUCAACGAUGAUGUGAUGUUUGGCAAAGAUGUCUGGCCAGAUGACUUCUACAGUCACUCGAAAGGACAGAAGGUGUAUCUCACUUGGCCUGUCCCCAACUGUGCCGAGGGCUGCCCAGGUUCUUGGAUCAAAGACGGGUAUUGUGACAAAGCCUGCAACAACUCUGCCUGUGACUGGGAUGGAGGAGACUGCCUCGGUGCAGCGGGGAACAAUCGGUUCGCUGCUGGGGUCGGUGUUGCAGGUGGUGGACAGGUUUGGCAGUUUGCAGGUGGUCUAGGAGGUCUAGGGGGCACAUCCUACUGCAAUCAAGGCUGUGCCAACUCCUGGCUGGCAGACAAGUUCUGUGACCAAGCCUGCAAUGUACUCUCCUGUGGUUUUGAUGUGGGAGACUGCGGCCAGGAGCACUUUGGUGAGCUGUACCGUAUGACCCUGCUGAGGAAUCAGACUAUGUACACCCUACCAGUAGGGGAAGUCAGGCCAUAUUUCAGCUUCAGCAAAAUGGCUCGCAGAAUCUCUGAGGCCCACGUCAGCGACAACCCGGUGGUUCGCCACACGUCUGUCGCCAACAAGUGGAGGACCAUCCACCUCCUGCUUCAUCCUGGUCACAAUUCCACCCAGAUACAGUACAACAUCACUUUCCAGAGCGAAGACGACACAGAGUUCACAAUGGGCUUCAGCGUAGCUGUCGACACCCGCGAGGUACCUCAAGCUAACGUGUCCCAGGCCACAAGCAAAGACGCUGAUAAAGAGCCAAAGCCGACUGCGACUCCAGAGCCACCGUUCCCAUUCUCAGAUAUUCCUGAAGACAAACGGGGUCCUAAGAUUCAAAAGAGGCAGCCUGGUGACCCUCAGGUUGUCAUAGAGUUUCCUGCACUGAAUAUAUCACUUCUACCAGCUGAUGUGCAUAGUGAGCUGCAAAAGCUGGAGGAGAAACUUCUGAUUGGUGACAUUACCGUGAAAGGUUAUAACUUCACAAAGGCUGAACUUCUAAAAUCUUUCAAGACACUGGGUCAAAAGCAACAGGUCAUGGAUUCACGUCCAGCUAAUGAGGGUGCAGACGAGAUCAAGGAGAGGCCAGAUGAAGACUUGGAGGGGGAGCGUUUACAGAAAAAACAACCUGCAGAAGAGAAAGCUGGAAAUAUCAUUCAUAACAAUCCAAACUCAAAAGAAAUAUCUAGGAAAGAUGUGGCUCUCCAGGAAAAACCUGCCAUACCUCUCAUCCCACUCCAUAUUGACGAUAAGCAUAAGAAAGAUUUUAAAUCUCCAAAGCUGAAUGCUGCCAUUGAGAGGCCUUUGACUUCCAAACUGCUAAGCAGCAUUUCCAAAACCAAGAGUGCCGAGAGUCAGGCAGAGCCAGCCAACGCUGCAGGAGGAGCUCCGGUGGGGAGGAGACUCCAACAUUUUAUUUCCUCAGACAGAGGCUUUCUGCCGUGGGAGAAGAGGAAAUAUUUCCAGGAACUGCUUGAGGAAGGGGAGCGUCUGGAGAGAGCAUUGUCCUAUGAGACUGACGGUACUGCCACUGGCCGAAGGCUGCACGAUACUUUUGCUGACUCGCUACGCUACGUCAAUAAGCUGCUCAACAGCCAGUUUGGAUUCACGUCUCGUAAAGUCCCCGCACACAUGCCUCACAUGAUCGACCGUCUCAUCAUGCAGGAGCUGCAGGACACAUUCCCAGAAGAGUUUGACAAAACAUCAGCCCAUCGUGUUCGUCACUCAGAGGACAUGCAGUUUGCCUUUUCGUACUUUUACUUCCUGAUGAGCGCUCAGCAGCAGCUCAAUGUGUCCGAGGUGUUUGACGAGAUCGACACAGACCACUCAGGUGUCCUGUCUGACCGGGAGAUUCGAACUCUAGCCACAAGGAUCCACGAGCUGCCUCUCAGCCUCCAGGACCUGACGGGCCUUGAGCAGAUGUUGAUAAACUGCUCGAAGACGCUCCCAACUAACCUGACCCAGCUCCACCUGGUGAACCCAACUCAGGAGGCCUACUAUGACCCCAGCAUGCCUCCUGUCACAAAAGGCCUCAUCCUCCACUGCAAGGCCAUCACAGAACGCAUCCACAAAUCCUUCAAAGACCAGAAUAAGUACAAGUUUGAGAUCAUGGGGGAGGAGGAGAUAGCUUUCAAGAUGGUGCGGACAAACGUGUCCCACGUGGUCGGCCAGUUAGACGACAUUAGGAAGAAUCCCAGGAAGUUCAUCUGUCUGAAUGAUAACAUCGACCACAGCCAUAAGGAUGCUGCCACAGUGAAAGCUGUGCUGAGGGACUUCUACGAGUCCAUGUUCCCACUGCCGUCCCAGUUUGAGCUGCCCAGAGAGUAUCGCAACAGGUUCCUGCAUAUGGAUGAGCUCCAGGAAUGGCGGGUGUAUCGGGACAAGCUUAAGUUCUGGACUCACUGUGUCCUUGUGACACUCGUCAUCUUCACCAUCAUGUCCUUCUUUGCCGAACAGCUGAUUCUGCUUAAGCGAAAGCUGUUCCCCAGACGCAGAGUGAACAGGGACAGCAACCCAGAGAGGGUUUGACAGAGGGACACUUUCCUUUCCUUUCUUCGGAUCAACAUCCACCCUUUGCCCCCUACUAGGAAAUGAGAGGGUUCAGACCGGGAGACUGGGUGGAAACGGGAAUUUGAAGUCCUCAGUGCAUGUGGUUGCAUCAGCGCGGAUGGAAGAUCGAGCCUCCUCAGAUGGUGAUGAAACACCUCUCACAAAUGAUGGAUGGGGCUUGCCGGUGAAAUGAAUGGCAGCCAGAAAGAAGAAGCCUGUAAAUCUUUUUUUCCUCCACAGGGGGCACCUGAGACUUCUGUACAACACUCACUUACACAAACAAACACUCCCUCCACACUGCAUCGUUCCCCUCAUCCACGCCAUUGAUUGAUCUGCUGUUAAAGUGUGAAACAUUUGAUAGCAGCCAGUCAGCGUUCGUCUUGUGCAUGUGUGUAAGUGUGCGGCCAGUUUUACCAUGAAAACCACGGACUUUUGUGUUUAAAGCUCAAAUGGUUAGCAGAUUAAACAGUCCGUGGAUUGAAAGAAAAACACUCUCUAACUAUUGUGAUAAUUGAUUAAUCAUUUGAGUGACUUUUUGAGGAAAAAUGCCAAACAUUUGCUGCUGCCAGCCUCUUAAAUGUGAGUGUUGUCUGAUUUUCUCUGUUUUAUAUCAUGGUAGGUUUAAUAUCUUUGGGAUUUGGACUGUUUAGGUGCUGGGAAAUUGUCAUGGGCAUUUUUUUACAGUUUUAUAGACAAAAUAGUUAAUUGAUUAAUUGACAAACAGAGAAAAAUAAAGUAUUUGCAGCCCUGGUUCUGUUUGGCUUUUACUGUUAGGGUUUAAUUUUUAAAAAUGGAGAAAAAAGUACAUGAAUAGAAUGAAUAACAUUAUUAAUUUAAGAGUUGGCUGUCAUGUCUCUGUCCUCUUUAAAAACACGAAAACUUGAAGUGCCUUCGUUGUUCAUUCCUGCCUUGUUUGAACAUUUCUGUUUCUGUUUUCUUGUUUGUGUGACCUUUUUUUUAAAUGUCUUAUAAAAGUCGACCACAUCACAUCCUGAUCUAGUGAGUUAUGAAUGAAUGGGAUGGAUGAUAAUCAUUCUUAAUGUGGUACAAAUAUAACUGAUUGUUGGAACUACAUGUAAGUGAUACUACAGCUUUCAUAGCCACCUGUAUGUGUGUCCCUGUGGGACUCAACAGGUUCGCUACUGUCUGAAAUUCAGACCCCCCGCCCAGCAUGUUCUGUAACUUAUUUUGAUUGUAUUGUUGUGACUGUGAGCCCAGUAACUCAUGCAUCUGAUCUGAAUGCUUCUUUUUUCUCUCCUGAAUGUCAGUUUUACAGAGUUCUUUAUUAUAACAGCAAAAAUGGAAGUGGCUACUAGAUGCUGUCAGCAUUUUGCCAUAAAAAUCACAUGAUGUACAGCAUAAUGUCAGCAGAUGAGUAAUGUCUGGAAAUGAGAUUCAUUAGAUGGCAUCAGUUCAAUGGCUCCUCUAACUGAAAUAAAAUACUAUUUGGUUGAGUCA